AUGAGCGGCUGCAUAGGCAACCUGUGCCUAGGCCCAGCGUACUAUGCGACCGCCGCUGUGGUCGCCAGGGCGUCGCUCGCCUUGCUGGGCGCCGGCGAGCCGCUCCUGUGGCGCCCGGAGGUGACGACGCCGCUCAACAGCCUCCUGGGGGUGCGUGAAGGGCUGCGCAUGCUGCAGCUGGGCCUCUCCCCCUACGCGGGCGCGUCCUGCCACGCGCCGCCGCUGGUGCUGGCGCUGCACGCGGCCACGGCAGCGCACCCGCUGCUGUACGCGCUGCCAAACACCGUCGCGGACGCCCUGGCGGCGCUGGCGCUGUGGCGGCUGGCGUCGUUGCUCUGCAAGGGCCGCAGCGCAGACGCGUCGGGCAUGCUGCUGGGCCCCGCGUCGCUGGCAGCCGCCUACCUUUGGAAUCCUGUAGGCAUCCUCGCCACCAUUGGCGGCACCACCACACCCCUGGAGAACCUGGCGGUGAUGGCGGCCCUGCUGGGCGGCGCUGCACGCAACGCGCCGCUGGCGGCGGCCGGGCUGGUGGCGGGCACAUAUGUGGGGCUACACCCGCUGCUGCUUGGGGUGCCCCUCGCAAUCAUGUUCGGCCGUGGCUGUGAAGACGUUACGCAGCUGUGUGAUGCACGGACGGCAGGCAGCGGCAGCUUGGCGAGCCAACAAGGCGGCGGCACCAGCAGCAGCGGCGGCGGCGGCGGCGGCGGCGAAGCAGGCUCAGGCGCGGAGACCAGCCGCCGAGCUGCCGGUGCGGGCAGCAAUCCUGUGGCCGCGGCAGCGACGGCGGCGGCAGCGACGGCGGCGGCAGCGGAGGCUGCGGCCCGCGGACUGGAACGGAAGCGCGAGCGCUUCGAGUGGAUGCGCUGCGCGGAGUUUGCCGUGUUUGCGGUGGUGUGGGGCGGCGCCCUGCUGUGGCUCUCAGACCUCUUCCUGCGCGCCCACCCUGAGGCGCAGUGCCUGCCGCGGCUGGCUGCUUGGGCGACCGCCGCGGCCCCGCCGGCCGCCGCACGCCGCGGCGCCUGCUGGCUGCGCGCCUCCCACGGCUUUGCGCUGGCGGUCGAUGACUACACCCCAAAUAUUGGGCUGUUUUGGUAUCUCUUGACUGAGCUGUUUGACGCGUUCCGCCCUUUUUUCACAUUUGUGCUGCACUCGCACGCCGUCAUAUUCGCCGCGCCGCUCGCGCUCCGCUUCCCGGGCCGUCCGCUCUUCGUCGCGUGGGCGCUGCUGCUCGCGUGCGCGGCGCUGCGCCCCUACCCCUCAGCCGGCGACCUCGCGCCGUGGAUGGCGCUGGCGCCGCUGGCGCUCGCGCAGCAGCUGCGGCAGCUCAGGUCGGCCCUGUUUUUGGUCAACGCCCUGGUGCUCCUGGCGGUGCUGGGCCCCGCGAUGUGGAGCCAGUGGAUCAUCGUCGACGCCGCCAACCCCAACUUUUUCUACUCGAUUACGCUGCUGCUGGGUGUGUUCUAUGUGGUGGUGUUGGUCCAGGCCGUGCUGCUGACUGUUCGGGUGGAGCGACUAGCUGCAGGAAAGGUUGUAGGCGAUGGCCUGGGCGCUGGCGGCGGCAGCGGCGGCAGGGGUGGCGAUGAUGGACCCGUUGGGGCGGCUGCGGCAGGGGCCACGGCAGUUGCGGCCAAUGGGUCUGUAGCUGAGUAA